UCAGGAUAGUGCAACGAGUGUUCUAGGAAACCCUCUGGGGAAGAAAAAAAUAUUUAUAUAUAAUCGAAAGAGGAUGCAGCAUUUCUAUAUGAUAAGAUUGGGAUGGAUUUCCAUUUUCUUCGUUGCGUGUAGUGCACAAGCAAUUAACUCCACAACCACGCCAUCACCAGAGGUAGAGAACGAGGUGAAUCAAACCUACAUCUGGACUUUUGUGGCGAUUGGCCUCCUUAUCUCCUGCUGUGUGUUCUCGGCCUUGCUCUAUCGGAAAUUCUUCGGGCCUUGCGACAUGGGCGGCGCGGGAGGAGCGGCGGCGGCGGCGACGGCGAGCAACGCGACCUCGCAGACCAACCCCGUCCAGCAGGUGUGCUCCAUUCCCGGGAUGCAGCCGACGGUCACGGGCGGUGCAACCUCGUCGAACACCCCGAAGUCCUCGCCCAAGUCGACCUCCAAGGAAAAGAAAGCCUCUCCGAAGCCCAAGACCCCGUCCACGCCCACGCCUACGCCCACGCCCACGCCCACGCCCAUGCCCUGGACCGCCCCCUGGCCCUCCGCUCCGCCCAUUUUCGUCCAUCCGGUCUCCCCGCACGCCCCCUACGGCAUGGCGCCCACGCUCUCGAGGUCGACUCCCGUCAUGGCGCCCCAGGUCCCGUCCUGCCCCCCUGCCCUCGCCCAGGAGCCCUUCCCGCCCGUGCACCACCCGGAGCCGUUCGCGCCCAUGCACCACCCGGGGUAUUUGAGGCAGCUGCCGCCCGCCUGGGGUGUUCCUGCAGGUAUUGGCAGUCAUUAUCCUUACGACCAGCAACCACACUCAUUUUAGCGUUGGGAAAGAUCGCCGAAAGCAUCAUCAACAUUUUUAUCCUUUUUUUCCAUGCGGGUCAUACACUAGCGCUUGAUUUUUUUAUUGAUAUGCAGCUAUUUGUUCCGUUUCUGCAACUAUGUUUAUUGCUGAAACCA